UGUCAUAAUUUUUUCCUUUUUAUUCUUCUAUGAACACGUGUUGGCGUGAUGCACUCGUCAGAGUGCUUUUUAUAUUUGAAAUAGCAAUAAAAUAAGUCAAAAUGAGUUUAUAUAACUUUAAGAAAAUAGCUGUAGUCCCUACAGCAAAGGACUUUAUUGAUAUCAUAUUAUCUAAGACGCAAAGAAAAACCCCUACCGUUGUACAUAAGCAUUAUAAAAUUUCCAGAAUACGUGCUUUUUAUAUGAGAAAAGUGAAAUAUACACAACAAAACUUUCAUGAUAGGUUAUCUAGGAUAAUACAGGAGUUUCCAAAACUAGAUGAUGUACAUCCUUUCUAUGCUGACCUCAUGAAUGUAUUGUAUGACAAAGAUCACUACAAGCUUGGUCUCGGUCAGCUCAACACAGCGAGGCAUCUUAUUGACACUGUAGCAAAAGAUUAUGUUCGUUUACUGAAGUAUGGAGACUCACUGUACCGCUGCAAGCAGCUAAAACGUGCUGCGCUUGGUCGGAUGGCAACAAUCAUGAAGAGGCAGGCUGCCAACCUCACAUAUCUUGAACAGGUUCGUCAGCACUUGUCCCGGUUGCCGUCUAUCGAUCCGUACACACGUACGAUCAUCAUCUGCGGGUUCCCCAACGUUGGCAAGUCCAGCUUCAUCAACAAGAUAACUCGUGCUGAUGUGGAGGUGCAGCCGUACGCGUUUACAACCAAAAGUCUGUAUGUGGGUCACACUGAUUACAAAUAUCUCAGGUGGCAGGUGAUAGACACGCCGGGCAUCUUGGAUCACUCGCUGGAGGAACGUAACGUGAUAGAGAUGCAAGCUGUCACCGCUCUCGCUCACCUGCGCGCAUGCGUGCUCUACGUAAUGGACGCCUCCGAACAGUGCGGACACACCGUUCAUGAACAGAUCUCCCUGUUCGAGAGUAUAAAGCCGUUGUUUGCCAACAAGCCAUUACUGGUUGUCUUGAACAAGAUGGACAUCAUCACCCCGGAGCAGCUGCCCGAGGACAAGAAGGCGGCUUUACAACGACUAAUGGAUAGCUGCACUAACGGGAACCUGGUCAAUGCGGAUUCAAACUCGGAGCUAUCAGUGGUGCCGGUACUGCGGAUGUCCACGGUGACCGAGGAGGGAGUGCAAGAGGUGAAGAUAGAAGCAUGCGAGAGGCUGCUGGGACACAGAGUCACCGAGAAGAUGAGGACCAAGAAGGUGGAUGGUAUAUUGAAUCGUCUUCACGUGGCAGUGCCCGCCCCCCGUGACGGUAAAUCUCGUCCCCCAGUGAUCCCUCCUGCCGUCCUACUGAAGAAACAACAAGCUCUCAACAAAGAGAACAGGAAGAGGAAGCUAGAGAGGGAGAUAGAACUAGAGCAGGGAGACGACUAUGUGCUUGAUCUACAGAAGAAUUAUUCGGAGAUAGCAGAGGAGGAACGUCACGAUCCCAUACCCGAGUUCUGGGAGGGACAUAACAUAGCGGACUACAUCGACCCUGACAUAUUCGACAAGUUGGCAGAGUUGGAGAAGGACGAAGAGCUAAGGGAAGAGGCCGGCAUGUAUGCCGUCCCCAAGAUAGAACUAGACGACACCAUGAGGGAAAUCAGGGAACUAGCCAGACAGAUACGCAACAAGAAGGCGAUCUUGAAGGACGAGUCUCGUCUCGUGAAACAAUCCACUAAACCUGUGAUGCCGCGGAAUACGCGCGCGAGGGAGCGAGACAGAUCUACGCACAAGCUGAGAGAGGAGAUGGAGAAACUCGGUGUGGACAUGUCCGAGACAGAGCAGGCUCACUUCACCAAGACGCGGUCUCGGUCCCGGUCCCGUUCUAUGUCCAUGGUCAGCAAGCGAGCUCGAGCUGACUCCAGCGGACGAUCCAUCAGCAGACCAGCAAGAGACACACAGGGGGUCAAGGAUACUGUUAUGCAAAAGAAAGCGAAGAACAUGGCUCACGUGGCCAUUGCCAAGAAAACCAAGAAGAUGGGUCUCAAAGGCGAAGCAGACAGAUUUAUUGGCACCAAGAUGCCGAAACACUUGUUUGCUGGCAAACGAGGAGUCGGCAAGACAGAGAGGAGAUAAAUAUAUAUAUACACGAGAAUCGGCGUUGUAUUCCCAUUAUUAUAAUAUAAUAAAAUGUAUUGUUUG